CCUGGUCACACUGAGGUGUCGCGGAAGAAGAAGAGAAACUAAGAAAUUUCGCUGGCCAACUGGUCGAAAUAAACGGGGAAAUGCAGAUGCAAACGUACAAACUGGUGGUCGUCGGCGGCGGCGGCGUGGGAAAGUCUGCGAUCACGAUACAGUUCAUCCAGAGCUACUUCGUCACGGACUACGAUCCCACCAUUGAAGACUCGUAUACGAAGCAGUGCAACAUAGAUGAUGUGCCAGCCAAAUUGGACAUUCUGGACACGGCUGGUCAGGAGGAGUUCAGUGCCAUGCGGGAGCAGUAUAUGCGCUCCGGCGAGGGCUUCCUGCUCGUCUUCGCCCUCAACGAUCAUUCCAGCUUCGAUGAGAUCCCCAAGUUCCAGCGCCAAAUACUGCGCGUCAAGGAUCGCGACGAGUUCCCCAUGCUGAUGGUCGGUAACAAGUGCGAUUUGAAGCACCAGCAGCAGGUUUCCUUGGAGGAGGCGCAGAACACCAGUCGCAGCCUAAUGAUCCCCUACAUCGAGUGCAGUGCCAAGCUGCGUGUGAAUGUCGAUCAGGCUUUCCACGAGCUGGUGAGGAUCGUGCGGAAGUUCCAAAUCGCCGAGCGUCCCUUCAUCGAGCAGAGUUACAAGAAGAAGGGCAAGAGGAAGUGCUGCCUGAUGUAAAAGAGAGAAUCUCCUGAAUGCCGCAGCGGAAGCAGGAGCCAAACAAAACAUUUAACGAGUAUAACACCAAAUUUUUUAAAAUUGAAAAACACGCGUCGACUGAGCUUUGAAUUCCGUUCCGAGAAGACGAUAAACCAGUAACCCAAAACCGAAACCAGUAAUCAACGAGCCCAAACGAAGUGCAUUUCUUACCUGCCCAGGUGCCCAUGUCGCAUUCAACGAACGAAUCGAAUAAAAGCUUCGCCACCUUCAAAUAGCUACGAAGAA